CACUAACUGCUCAAAUGGAGAGGAUCCUUGUCCUUUUUCUAGCAGACUAGCACAGCAGAGAUUCUAAAGUCUGAGCUAAGGCUCUUGGAAGCAGAGACGAGUGAGCAGUGAGCAGUGAGCAGUGAGCAGCAAAGGCAGUGUGCAUCAUCUCCUCGGGCAAUCAAAGUUCCAGGAGAACCUUAAGGAUGGCCCAGGCUGCACAAAACCCAGUGGUUCAGCAUAAAGUCAUAAUACCAAACAAAUAUGGUGAAAAACUUGUGGGCGUAUUGCAUGAAACUGAAUCUCCAGAGAUUGUAAUCUUAUGCCAUGGUUUUCGGUCCACAAAGGAAGAGAAUACUAUGCUGAACCUUGCUGUUGCCUUGGAAAAUGAAAGAAUCAGUGCCUUCCGUUUUGACUUUGCUGGAAAUGGUGAAAGUGACGGUUCAUUUCAGUAUGGUAACUACGGGAGAGAGGCUGAUGACUUACAUGCUGUAAUCCAACACUUCUCUGGAGCAAACCGUAUAAUAAGUGCAAUCCUUGGGCAUAGUAAAGGAGGCAAUGUGGUACUACUGUAUGCUUCAAAAUACCAUGAUGUCCACACAGUUGUCAAUGUUUCUGGCCGUUAUGAUCUUGCAAAAGGCAUUGAAGAACGCCUGGGGAAAGACUUUAUGCAAAGAAUCAAGGCGGAUGGAUUUUUUGAUGUUAAGGAUAAAAAAGGAAGUGUUAAUUACCGUGUGACUGAGGAAAGUUUAAUGGAUCGCUUAAGUACAAAUAUGCAUGAAGCAUGUCUUCAGAUUGACAAAGAGUGCAGGGUCUUGACAGUCCAUGGAUCUGCUGAUGAAGUCAUCCCAGUGCAAGACGCGUUAGAGUUUGCCAAGAUCAUACCCAACCACAAAUUACACAUUACAGAAGGAGCUGAUCAUUGUUACACUUCAUAUCAAGCUGAAUUAGCCUCAGUUGUUUUGGAAUUUAUAAAGGCAGCCCUGCAGGAGAACAAGGAUACGACUAGCUAAAUACUUCUGUGCUUACGAGCAUAUCUAUAAUGAUAUGAAGACAAAAGCAGAUUUUACUGAUAUUGAGCUUCCCAACCUUGCUCCUACUGUUGAAUUUACUGUUCGUUUAACCUACUUGUGCGGUGAAUAUGGUUGAGCUCUACAUUGAGCUUAGUGUUUCAGAUGUUGAUCACCUCAUCGUCUUGAGGUUGAUGCAAGUUGUUUGCUAGUUGUAUCAUCAGCUGACUAGUCAUUUGUUUUCUUGAAUCAUGCUCUGUUGCCUGAACCGUUAAGAACUUCAUAAUAUGAACCCUUUUGACCUCUUCAUGUGAAAGAGGAUUGUGGCAUUGUCCGAACUAACCACAGUUCCUGUUAUGGUCAUGUCAUGCAUCCUCCAAUAUGGUUUAUAUGUACGGUAAUUUUCGUGUUGGAUUUAA